GCGUUUUCCAUACGGCAGCCAUUUUACAUCAACAACAUUCAUCUUCCAGAUGGGGAAAAGAACAACCAAAUUCUGGCACUUUUCAGUCGAAUAGCAAAUUCUAAAAAUGAGCAGUGUAAGGAGACAAAUGUCUCGAAUUGUUCGUGCUCCAGUAGCAAUAAUGGAACCGGAUAAAUCAAGUAAACACUACCCAAUUUGGAAAUUUUUUCGGGAUCAUAUAAUAUGGGUUAUAGUUUUGAUAGCAUAUUCUUUUAUCGGAGCAGCAGUUCUAGAAAAACUGGAGAGCGAAUACGAAAGAACCGAGAGGCAAAACGUACUAAAUUCAAGGGAGAAAAUGGUUGAAACAUUGUGGAAGGCGUUAAAUAUAUCAGAUAAUUCAACAAAGGAAGCUUGGAAAAAAAAAUUUGAAAUUGAAUUGAAUAAAUUCUUUAAAAUUUAUAAAACUGGAAUUCAGCCUGCAGUUUCAUCUAUAGAAGAAAGAGAUGAGGAAUUUGCAUGGACAUUUUGGGGUGCAAUGCUAUUUUGCGGUACAGUUUAUACAACAAUUGGUUAUGGAUAUUUAGCACCAAAAACAGUUCCAGGCAGAGUUUUUAGUAUGGCGUACGCCGGUUUUGGCAUUCCUUUAUGUCUUAUUGUUUUGGCAAACUUUGGUAAAUUAUGUACUGACGGCUUAAAUCGCUUUUGGAGUAAAGUAUCUAAUUGUAAAACUAACAAAAGAUGUGCGUGCUGCAAAACAAAGUCUUCGCAAGGACCUUUGAAUGAGACUGAAAAUUUUAGUAAUAUAAACAAAGAUUCUCCGAAGAGUUCUAUAUCAAACAUUGAGGAAUUAAGAAGAUUCGAAAGAAAACGGUCGCAUCCUUCUUUAUCUUCUAAUUCAGAUUCUAUUAGAUCAUCAGCUUCAAAACCGGAAAGAUCAUUCGAAGAAAGAAAACGAUCUGUUCUUAUUAGUAUAUCCCUUGUAGCUGUGUAUAUAGUGGUUGGUGCUGCCAUCUAUACGUCUUGGGAAGAAUGGGAAUAUUUUGAUGCAAUAUAUUUUAUAUUUAUAAGUUUGACAACUGUAGGAUUAGGUGAUGUUUACCCUAAUCAUCCAAAGUAUUUUAUUCUUUCAUCUGUGUACAUGUUUUUUGGAUUAGCUCUCGUAUCUAUGGUUGUUAACUUGAUUAUGAUUAACACCAGGAAGAAUGUUGAGAAAAAUCUGAAGACUAUUGGAAAUAAAGUGGAAAAGAAGGUUGUUGCAAGACAAAAUAGUCAUCCAGUCUUGAAUAUUCGUAAAAAGGCUUUGGCUAAUGUAAAAUCUGCAGAUAUUUAGUUAUAUACUUAAAAAAUAUUUCUUUUACUUUGUGUAUUUUGCACAAAUAUAAUAAUUGUAUAAAGAGAAAGUGAGAUUCCUGUAAAAGAUGCAACUGUUUAUAUUACCUAUACUCUAUGUAAAGGAUGGUAAUUAUUAGGUUGAGUAUAUUGGAUUUUAGGCCUUCGGGGUAAAUGUGCAUCCAACGGAAAAUUUAUUAUGAUUAUGUUGAAUAUAUUUUUUUCUUUAUUUUUUCAACCAACAAAAGUAUGUUCCAAGUUUUCUCUUUGAAGUCAAAUUAUAUAUAUAUAUAUCUAUAUAUAUAUAUAUGUAAUAUAUUAUUAAUAUCUAUACGUUAAUGUACAGUACGCACAAUCAACUGUGACCCCACUGAAAAUUUGUUUAUAAUCUUUUUCUCUUUGAUAUAUAAUUAUAUAUUUCUAAUUGUAGACAUGAAUAUAUAAAUGCGUUUAAGAAAUAUCUGUAAUCUAGGAUCUCUUUAAGAUUUUAGGUUAAGUGGCUUUCUUAUAUUAAAACUGCAAAAAAUUGUGGGGCACAAUCACUUCUCUUCUAUAAAAUAAUUUUUGGUAUUAAUUUUAUGAUUAAGUGUUGUAGCCUUGCUUGACUAUUCUAUCUGAGAAGUUCUGGUUUAGAUUCUACAUGUUGAUUUCAGUCCAGUCAAACUGUCUUCUAUUUCGAUAUACUCGCCUUGCCAUCUUUCACUACAUGCACUCAAUUAUGUUCAAGUUGGACAAUUUGAUGACCAGUCAAAUUAUUCUAUUCCUUGUUCGACAAAGAAGCUUUUUUGCAGUGAAAAUCCUGUGGAGUAAAUAAAGUUUGCAGCAUAGAGAAAAUAAGCAGAAGGAACAAAAUGAUCCUUUAAAAUAUCAACGUAGUCCUUUCCAUUCUGGGCUUUCUUGCGCAAGGGAAGUUUCCCUUGCCUAUUCCUCUGCCUCUAUAUUUUUAGAUAGAACUUCUCUUUCUCUACGGAAUAAUACAAUGGCAAUAAUAAAUUCAAUUGUCAGGUCCAUCCAGGUUGAUGUUAAUAUGAGUUUUAGGAAGAGAAAUACCGGUCGCCACAAUUUUUUUGCGCACUGUUUAUAUGUAUAAAAAGUU